UAUAUAUAAAAAUUAUAUAUCUUUUCCAGAGGCGACGGCAAGGCAAUUUACUUCUAGGGUUUUGAUGUUCGAGAUUGGGAUCCGGGCUCUGAAAGGAAGAUUCGGGAUCGGGGAGAUCUAUGGAUUGGGGGAAGGGUGAGAAAAUCGGAUUCAUUUAAUGGAGAUUCGUGUUUCGAAUGGUCGGAGACGAAAUUAAUGGGCAAUCUGCGGGAUUUCCAUAUGCUGGGAAGGAGGAUUGGGAUUAAUAGGCAAUGGUUUUUAUUAAGAUCUUCCAUAUGGAUGCGGUAUCCAGAAGAUCAAUCACAGGGAUUACGAGGGUCAUUUGAUUGGAAAUGUUGGUAAUGGGAAAUCUGGUGAAGGGAAUCGCAAACGUUUGAAGAUCUAUGUUCCUCAUUUUGACAACUCCGGCUUGAUCAAGGGUUAUUCCAAGAAUCUUAUCGGAAGAUGUAUGUAUCCGGAGGAACAAAACGUUAAGGCUCUGCUUGUGAUGUUACCAAAGAUUUGGAAGGUGGAGGAUCGGGUGGUGGGCGCAGAUUUGGGGCUGGGAAAGUUCCAGUUUCAUUUUGAGAAAGAAGAGGAUUUGGUGGCGAUCCUGGAGAUGCAACCCUAUCACUUCGAUUACUGGAGGAUGGCCAAAGACUUUCCCUCAGAAAUCCCGUUUUGGAUCAAGCUUGAGGGGAUACCAACAGAGUUCUGGUCAACUCCUAUCUUCCAGAGCAUUGGGGAUGCAAUAGGGGAGACAACGGAUGUAGAUCUGGAUUAUGGUAAAAUGCGGGUGAUUUUGGAUGGUCGAAAGGAGCUGUGUUUCGAUACUACUGUGGAUUUCAAAGGGGGAGAGUUCUACGAGGGAGAGGAGGCUCUGGUUACUCUAAAGUAUGAGAAGCUUUUCGUUUUUUGUUCUAUUUGCUCGAGUCUUUGUCAUGAUCAUGAUAUUUGCCCCUUGAACCCUAACCCGGUGAAGAAGAAGGAAGUAAGAGAGGGAUCUGCUGUUAGAAAGGAUGAUCGUGCACGGAGCUACAAAGGAGUGGUGAUUAAUGGAGAUGGGGGACGCCAAGGAUCAAAAAGGUUACUCUGGAAAGGGCAAAGGCAAAAUGUAUGAGGAACAAGAGAUCUUAUUCGAACCGUAACCAUGGUAGAUUCGAGGAAGGAGGUUCCCGGAAUCGCAACUCUCGAUGGGAGCAGCCUAGAGGCAAGUUUGAGGAGAGAGAGGUCGCUCUUCCAGAGAUCAACGAAGAGAGAGAAGUCCCCUGGGCAAGCCUCGAGUGGAAGCACAUGAAGAAGGAGAGAUCUGUCUAGAAGGAAGUGGGAGCAAUAGUCUGCAACAUGAGGCGAUGCCUAAGCCAGCUACUCCAUCAAGGACGCAGCCGGGAACAUCUCAGCCUCUCGGUGAUUCAGGUAUGGUAGUGAAACUUGUGGAGCAGGAAAACGGUGUAGAACUUGUUAGGGAGAAGCUCGAUGUUGCAAAUAAUUGCCUAGAUAAGGAAGGAAUUAAUGUGGAACUUGAGCGGUCCAAAGAGGUUGUGGAAGCAGGUGUUAUGAAUCUUGACGGGGAAAGAAUGGAGCUGGGAGAAGUACCUGAAAAUUGGGAGGAGGCUGAUGCGAUAUUGGAGCUUGUGGACGAGUUUCAGAAUCUUACAGAUGGGGAAGAUAAGGAGGUGAGCAAGGAUGAUGCAAGUGGGGAUCUUGAGGAAAGUUUGGUUCUUGGUAACACUGAGGGUCUUGAAAGCACAACUACUGCGGGAGAGAAGAAGGCUGGUACUCGCAAACAACUGUUCUCAAUAGCCGCAGGUGGAAACAACAUGAAGAAGUUUGCGCAAGUGCUUCACUCACCUUGCAAGCGCACGACAGUCAAGCAAGGUGUGCGUAAAGGAGGUGGUGCUAAACAAGCGGAAGAGAAGGGUCCCUCACACCCUAAACAGCCAAAACCUUAAGAAUUUUUAUGGAUUUGAACACAAUUUUAGCUAAGGUUUGGGAUUGUUUGGGUUUCUCUACUCUGGUUUUUAUUAUGCUUUUGAUAAGCUCUACGAGCUUUGCUAGUUUUCUUUUCGGGUUUGUUUGGGUCAGGGUGGGGUCUUUGUUUGGGUGUUGUGGUCUCGGCUUAUUUGCAUUAUGGAAUAAAAUUUUCUGUUUUGAGUA